GGGGCACACAGGGAGAAAGUGUCUUUCUAGAGAAGUGAGUUCCGGGAUUCGUUUCCAGAGGUGGAGACGGAGGUAGUCGGUUAGGGCAAGGACGGGCUGCAUUUGUAUUCCUGAUUGGGCGGACACAACUGACUGGACAGGUCUAGAGAAGACAGAAAACAGAAUAUACCCAAGAGCCACUGGUCCUUUCUUAAGAACAGAAGAAAAUGACCAAGGCACAGGGAUCAUUAUCAUUUGAGGAUGUGGCUGUGGGUUUCACCUGGGAGGAGUGGCAGUUACUGGACCCUUCUCAGAAAGACCUGUACAAGGAGGUGAUGUUGGAGAACUACAACAACUUGGUAUCAGUAGGAUACCCAGCUACCAAACCAGAUUCAAUCUUUAAGUUGGAGCAAAGAGAAACACCAUGGAUAGUGGAGGGAGCAAUCCACAGUCAGAGCAGUCCAGAAAAAAUAUGGGCGAUUGACCAUAUGCAGCAGCACCCAGAAAACCAAAACGAGCUUAAAAGUUUGGAAAGAUGUCUGCAAAGUUUUGCACUUGGAGAUAAUUUUGGUUUAAGCAAAAAUCUGGUUCCUUCAACACAGAGGCACAAUAUGGUUGACUCACAUUGUGGAAAUCUGAAACCUCAUUUAGAUUUUGUUACCCAGAAUAGAAGAGAUGCAAGAAACGAUUCGGAUAAAUUUAGUGAUUACGGGAAAUCAUCUGUCCGCCUGAAGCAUGAUAAAGCUUCUUCUGGAAUUAAAUACCAUGGAUGUGUUAAACCCAGUAAUACUAAGUCACAGCUUAAUAACCAUCAAAAAACUAGCACAGAAGAGAAGCCACAUGAAUGCAGUGAAUGUGGGAAAGUCUUCUCCAGAAAGUCACUGCUCUUGAUACAUCAGAGAAUUCAUACGGGAGAGAAACCCUGUGUGUGCAGUGAAUGUGGGAAAGCCUUCACUUGGAAGAGCCGGCUCAAGAGACAUCAGCAGUCUCAUACUGGAGAGAAACUCUAUAGAUGCAAUGAGUGUGGUAAAUCAUUUUCCCAGAAGGCAUACCUCAUUGUACAUCAGAGACUUCACACAGGAGAGAAGCCUUAUGAAUGCAGUGAAUGUGGAAGAAGCUUUGUUUUUAAAUCAGACCUGACCAAGCAUCAAAGAAUUCAUACAGGAGAGAGACCUUAUAAAUGUAGUGAAUGUGAAAAAGCCUUUAGAAGCAAGUCUGAGCUCAUUCAACAUCAACGAACUCAUACUAGGGAGAGACUGUAUGGAUGCAGUGAAUGUGGCAAAGAUUUUACCCACAUGUCAUUCCUUAUUAAACAUAAGGAAACUCAUGCAAAAGAGAAGGCAAUAAAUUCAGUGAAGGUGAGAAAACCUUCAGGGAGACAUAGCUCUUUAUACAUGUGUCAACUUAUACAGGAACAGAACCCUAUGAAUACAGUGCCUUUGGAAAUGCUUUCUUCAGGAACUCAGCCUUUAAACAUCUGUGAGCUUCAAGGAGGUAAAAAUGUAGUGAUUGUGGAACAGCCUUUUCGAAGUCAGGCCUCAGUACAUAAUCGGGAAUUUUCACAGGGAGUAAACCUUGCAAAUGCAGUGAAGGUGACAACCCCUUCAGUAAUAAAUUAUGUCUUACAUGUUACACACAUUAUUUAGGGAAAUGAUGGAAAUUCUAUCAUAAACUUAUCUCCUGUAUCACAUUUUUAUACCUUUAGAAUCUGGGAAAUGCUUUUCCAAUAAAUGAAAUUUUUAUGAACACCAGGAAUGGCGUUAUAAUGAAAAAGUGAAUAUAAUGAAUGUGGAAAUACAACUGUAUUAGUUUCUUAUUGAUGUAACAUACUAUCACAAAUUUGAACUUAAUGUGACACACAUUUAUUAUCUUAUAGUUAAUGGAGAUUAGAAGUCCAAAAUG